CCCUCCUCGAUAUUAUCCAGGUCGUAAACCUCUCUACAAUAAUACAAAAUGGCGUCCCGUCGCGCUCUCUUCUCCUCAGCUUCGCGCGCAUCCGCUGCCAUCCAACCUGCUCGACCCAUCCUUAUAGCUGCAGCUCGCUCGGCAAGCCCCUCGCUACCAUCCCUAGCUUUUGCGCCCUUUGCCUCUACUAGAAGCUAUGCUUCCAAAGCCCAAGCCAAAGCAAACCCGAUAGCUGACCUUACCCCACGGGACCCCAAGCCGUGGAACUUUGAAGAUAUAAAGAACCAUGUUGAGAAAUCUGACCAGGGCGAUGUAGUCCUCAUCGACGUCCGAGAACCAGUCGAGCUUUUCGAGACGGGCAAGAUCCCCGGUGCGAUCAAUAUUCCUAUCACAUCGGCAGCUCAGAGCUUCCAUAUCUCCGACGAGGAUUUUGAGGACAUGUAUGGCUUCCAGAGACCGGCAAAGAACAAAGAGCUUGUGUUUUAUUGCAAAGCAGGAGUGCGUGCAAGGGCGGCUGCGCAACUGGCUCAUCAUGCUGGCUGGAACAAGAUCGGCGACUAUGCAGGCAGCUGGCUGGACUGGGAAGCUCAGAAAGGACCAGUUGAGAAGGUUAAGAAACCAUAUUGAACAGACAGAGCUUGAUGAAGACAUCCAUUGGCAGAAUGGUUGGUCAAAUAAAAGCGCCUUCUAACUUAUUGUACAAACAAUUCCCAAAGAUCUGUUUCCCCAGACUCCUU